AUGUCCACUGCUGUUGCACCCCCAACAGCAGCGCCGUUGCCUCCAAUGGUCGACCGAGACAGAGACCUCAGCCCCAAGUCAUAUCCUACACUGGCGCCUCUAUCGACCUCGCUGUCUUCAGUAUCGACGCCUUCGCGGGGCCCUGCACACGAUUACGCAGGAGAGAAGACGACUCCAGAUGAUAAGCGGUCACCCAACUCGUCACGGAGUGGGGGACCAGCUCCAAAAAUAUCCAUCAAGAAGGAAUCCCCAUCGUCUCCUAACAUGCAAGCUGGACCAGCCAGGCACCGUCCACGGAAACUAGACCUUUCAUCAGUGGCGACCGGUCAGGGCCCUACGACCGCAAGAGGACCAUUGACAGCUCGAGAUGGACUGGCAAUGCAUGAUGUUGGGCUUGCAUGUCUAUCCCCUGGAUUCCAAACACAAGAUCCCAACAUGAGAGAACAGCUUCAACGAAGUAUCUCGGUCAGAGAUCAACAACGGUCUAUCAUCGAGUCUCGUCUGCAGAAAUCUGCCAAGGGAGACGGUCCAGAUACUGCCAAACCCUCAGAGUCAAACCUUUUUGGCUCCUCAGGCCCAAAGACAUCUACCAAGAAACGACCUCCCCCGGGUCUCUCGAUCGUUGCUCCGUCUGCCUCGACCUUUGCCAACGAACGAGUAAUUCAAUCUGCACCACUUAAUCAAACAUUCACCGGCCGCCGCCAACCUCAACCUCUAACUCGUCAUUUUGUCAACCCUCCAGAUUUUGCUCCCUCCCCACAGGUAAAUCAUAACCCUGCGAACCAAACAAACAAUCGUCUGCCACCAAUAUCAGAUGUAUUCGGCACCGAUGCAUUAGUCCCACGAGAUAGAGACAGAGACCGCGAAGCAAGCUCUAGAAAUGGUGCAAUAUCGACAAAACGACCACGAGAAUACCGCUCUGCAGAGGAGGCGGUCCACGAGCUCGCGGGCGGACGAGAGGAGCUUCUCCCUAGAAUCGUACACUACAGUGGAAACAGGACCAGCAGCCCUCGAUCGCCACCAGGAAUCCACAACAGCAACGGAAACGGUGAUGGCCCUAAUUCAGGGCACUCGUCCCACCAACAACAUCAUCCACCGCAUACCAGCAGUGGAUCAUCCAGUAGCCAGUACCCCAAUCAACCAUCACUUGGAUAUCCUACGUCGAGCGCUCGUCGACGCACUAGAAACGAAUAUGAGCAAGAUCACGGCAGCCCACCUCUUGGAAGUGGCCCCGAACAUCGAUACCGGCCUCCUCCCACUUCACACGGACCCUUCGGGGCAGGACGAGACUCGCCUGAUACCCAACGGAGGAAAAAGGAAGAGUUCCUAAGCUUAUGCGCUCGUGCGUGGGACUUAUUCCAUUCAUAA